CAGGUACACCUGUACCCGUUUGUGACUUCGCACCAACGGCUAUGUCUCGGGUAUAUGUGACGUUCGGAAGCAAUCACUUUAAAAACUAUUUCACACAAUUCAGUCUGCCAAAAGGCGAUCGUUAAUUUCGAUGCCGUUACGAUCACAUCCCAAAUCACCUCUGCACACCUGAGACGGUGUCUCAGUUUUUCUAAAUUUAGCACAGCGACAGGUACGACAAGCUCGCUUGCAAGAUGGCGUCACAGCCGAAAUGGGACAGACGACACCUGGGACUAGCAAAGUGAGUUAACCAUUCUGCAGUUAAACCAGCAAUGGCCUUAGACAACUGUGGAAUAAAUUGCUUCAGACUGGAUUACAAACAGGAGGCAAUGUGAACAAACUAUAAACAAUCACAGCUCAGCAUAGCAAGAGCACAAAGUCCUCAGCAAUCUACCAAUCCAUUCAAGAUGCUUCUCUUGCUGUGUCUUCAUUUGUUUUUAUGUUUUCAUUGGACAGAAGGGCAGAUCGCCAAGAGUAGUUACUUCAUGGACUCAAGGAGUGAUUGCUACCUUGGAGGCUACCUUCUUAUACCCACAGGCAACGUUGUCAAUAUUAACAGCCGCAAUCCUGUUGGUGGGGAUUCGGAUAUUUUGAGCUGCACCUACCGCUUCAAACCACAGGACUCUGGAGCAGUAAUGGAUGUCCGAUUCGAUAGUUUCACUCUUUCUGACUGUGACAUAACUCUCAGAGUUGAACUCAGUGGAGCUAAUACAUACACUCUUGGAUGCAAAGAUAGUCAGCCAAACCCCAUGACAGCUGAUAAUGGUUUGGCUACAGUGGCACUAACAAAAAGAACCGUUGAUGAUAAAGACUACUACUUUGCACUCACAAUCAGAGCAUACAGAAAAGAUAAUACUCUGGUCCAAGAUGAAAGCCCAGUUGCAAUUGGCUUGAUUGUUGGUAUCGUUGGUGGAAUUAUUGGGUUCUUAGUCAUAGUUAUCAUCAUGAUUGUGUGUUGCUACCGCAAAAAGAAGAGAUAUUUACGAGCACGAGCAGAGAGUGAACAAACAGGGGGCCUCUCGUACACAGUUUCUCCAGCUCACAGUUAUGGCUACGAUGUCAAAGAUCCGAAACAGAGGGUGGAUGUGUAUGAUGAUGAUACUCCAAGUUCCAAAAAAAAGCUUCUUAUGUCUCAGAGCAACAGAGGCAUGGACCCUCGUGACCAGUCUGAAUCAGAAUCUGAAACUAAGGACAAAGAGCCUGAUAUCAUCCGUCAAUUAAACAAAAGUCCUUCAAAGACAGCUGCCUUAAAUUCUGAAAAUGACAGAAUGCGUCGUGGCACUCAGGGUCAAGGCUGGCAAAGUCAGCCAGCAGGGAAGAAAGAGGAAUCUGUUGUUAGAUCAGAGGAGAAAGAUAAUGGAUCACAAAGUUCCUCUUUGCUGAGUGCCCUGCAUAACAAUCCACGUUUCCGUGCCUCAUUCCAUUUUAAUGAAGCCGAUGCAGAAGAGAGAGCUCAGCGAAUUUCCCAGAGCAGCGUGACAAAUGAAACUGGAAGUGAAUCGGCAGCAUCUGGUUCAUGGAACACAUCCUUUGACACUCAGCUUAGUGAGGAUGACCGCCCCAAAGGUCGCAGUGUACCCAAGCCACCUCCUUUGCCACCUGUGCCAAUGUCACCAAGAGCACAGACUCGCUCCCAAAACACUGCCGCAAUUCGUCGGGCUCCUCGUCCUUCUUCUUCCACUUCAGAUAUUGUUCAGCUUCAGAAUAACAUUGAAGAUGGUGACAUUGGCAUCAGAAAGGUCAACCCACACCCUGAUCCACCCUCACCUAGUGAAAUUGUGCCAAUUCGCAUCAAGGACACCCAGCACACUUUGCGGCCAGAUCGUGCCAGAAAGACACCUGAAGAAAAAAAUCCAAAGGGAGUGCAAUCAGCUUAUGAAUUAGGAAGAGAAGUGAAAGCCAAAGAAGACUUCCCAAAGCAAAGUAAACCAGAGAAACCCUCCAAGCAUGACUCCAAGACUAAUACAAGUCAAGAUCCUGGUGGACCAAGGACAAAUAAGGCUGAGAAAUUCAGCCAACCACCAGAUGGCAGAGCUGGCCCAAAUCUAGAGCCUGAGGGACGAUUCAAAAAGGCUACAAACACUCGAAAAAAGACAAACACCAAGUCCCCCAGGAUGGGACGAUCUCGCAGCACUGGAAGUGUUUUAGAUGAGCUUGAAUCCUUGGGGCGUUCAGGUGUCCCAAAUUAUAAGGUGCCUGAGGUGACAGCUGAUGAUUACGAAGACAGUGAUGUUGAAAGCAAUUACAAUCCUUUACGCAGAACUGGAUCCAAGAACUCCCUCUACGCUUCUCGAUCAUCACUGUAUGGAAGACGCAGGCGCAGAAGCUCUAUAAGUGAGUCUGUGGCAUCAGUUGCUUAUGAUGACAUGGACUACCCGGAAUCUGACCGGUUCAGUGAGCGACGGCUUUCACGGCGGGACCGAGCCUUUAAGUCACUCGGCGACUUAGAAUCUGAAAUGCGUAACCAUGCCACCCGCUCAACCCAGACACUGCGGGAGUGUGCCACACAGACUGGCAAAGGGUUUGCAAAUGUGACUCCAGGUAAGAAGACAGUGGUCAAACGAACCAAACCUAAAAGCGUCCAUUCCUCGACAACCCAGACAGCAAAAUCACACGAGCGCAAAGGUUCAGCUUCAUCAAUGUCUGGUUUAACCAAGCACCGAGAGAGGAAGAAUUCCACGUCAUCCACAUCUGGCAUUUCAAAGCCAAGAGAGAGGAAGAACUCUGCAUCAUCCACAUCUGGCAUUUCAAAGCCAAGAGAGAGGAAGAACUCUGCAUCAUCAAAUUCUGGGAAGCCUAAAAAGCCAAAAAAUGAAACAGAAAAAAAGACAGCACUUUCAGGUCAACAGGAGACCAAGAGGCCCGAGACUAAACCAAAACCCAAAGUGAAACCUCGCAAGUCAACAGCUCAGGGAACAGAUUCUGGAAAUGAGGUAGAUGGUGGGAUGACUGAUCAGUCCUCAGUGAUUACAAACAGCACUGCUGCACAGUCCAUCAAUCCGGCAAUUCUAGGGCAUCCCAUGCACCCAACACAAAUCUACCCACCUCCCUAUUCCAUGGUGUACCCACCUCAUCUGGCCACAGGUCAGCCCCCAGUUAUGAUGCCUCCCCCAUCACAACCAGGGAUGCAUUCUGUCUAUGGGAAUGUUGUCGUGCCCAGUUAUGGUAUGGCACCACAAGGUGCCAGUUCCACUGUUCCCAACCUAGCAGCACAACCUAAAGGAUCCAAGUGGGAACAGCUGUGCAGAAUGACGGGGGCAGAGUCUGGUGCAGUGGCCGACUCUUUUGAAACAGGAUCGGUAGCAGGGUCUGUCUUCAGUAAUCCUGCUCCAAACAAUCCCUACAGCUCUUAUAGUUUCAAUACUGUGCAGACUCAACCUCCACCUGCAUUUUCUGCUUCUGCAUCUGAUUACUAUGCAGGAUCUGAGAGGAGUGUCCCACACUCAGGCAGAGCUCCUAGUGAAGCAUCGCAUCAAGCAGGGCUACCUUCCAGAUCUUCUUGGGAUACCUUGAAGGAGAUGACUGAAAGGCGGCAGAACAUUUCGUUUGCUAGCCAGGGUAGUGAUUCCCCGCCAUCAGAAAGUAAUGUUUAAACUUUAAACUUUCUGUCCCAACUUCCAACAUCUGGAAUAUUGAAUGCAAGUGCUGCAUAGAAUAAAUGAAUGCUGGUGAUGGCUUUCAUUUGCCUGUGCCAUAGGCAGCUCUGAUACAGUUUAAAGGUCCCAGCUUUUUGCAGCCUCAUUUUUUUUUCACGGAGCAAAGUUUCUGAAGAUGUCUGCUGCUUCAACAGGUGCAGGCUGUUGAUCCUUCAACACUGCUUCCAACUUCACAUAAGCAGAUCUUGCAUGUUGACAGCUAUGCCUGCAGAUUUCUUCCACUAGAGAGUUGAGUGUAAAACAUGUUAAUAGCGAAAAUCUUUUACAUCUUGUGAUCAUUUAGACUGAUGGCCUUUGUAGACUGACCAGAAGAAGGAAUGCAUAUGUAAGCACAGUCUGUGGGCAUACACAUUUGCAUGAAAGCCAACACAAUUAUAAUUCCGCAUUGAACAUGUAUCUAGAUCAGAAGACUAAAACCUAGUUAAAGGAAUUCAUCCAAUGAACAAUAAAAGUUCAAUCCAUUUGACUCUUGUUGCCAAAAUGAAAACCAUACAUUUAGCAAAUCUGUUUUCUUUGCAAAAGUUUCAGAGACACUUCGAGAAAGAUAUGGAUAUCUAGGCUGAUUUUUAAAAAUUUUAUUUUUCAUUCGCUGGGAAACCAAUAGAGUAUACUGAAAGACUGCUAAAGCAAAUGACCUUGGUCAUGGUGCUCAGCAUAGCAAAAGAUAGUGUUUGCUGUUUAAAGAAAGACUGAUCUGAUUAGUGCCUUUGCUGCCUCAUUUGAUCCUUUAUUUCUUGUUCCUGCAUACUACCUAGAGUAUCUGGUGAUCUCAUUUUCAUGAUGGAGAGAGUUGUGUUUUUAUUUUGUGCCUAUUGCAUUCUCAUUUUUUAUUUUAUGGCUUUGGUUUCAUGAAGAGAAACUGUACAUUGCAAUUCUUUUUCUGCAUUUAGUUAAUAACCUGUUAUUAAGACUGCUGCUGCAUCAACCGUAGUGUUCCAUAUCACAAGACAUUCAGAAGUUUCAAAGAAAAAAGUACGAGCUAAGUCUACUUUGGUUAGCUCUAAGAUGACUACAUUCAUUUCUUAUUAGCAUCAGUGGCAGAUUUCUCAGGUAUUCUCUCUUCCCAGGAGCCUUCCUUUCUUCCACAUAUGCAAUGUCCACUUACUGGUGAUUUCCAACAAACUCUCAGAGGGACACACCCAAGAUAAUACUCAUUGUUGAUAGAGGCUUUGUAGACCUUUGGGGUAAAGAUCCAAUGGAAUCUAUUUUUGUUUGGACAAGUGAUGGGCCCCAUGUUGGUCGUCAGCUGUCUACCUUGUGAUUUAAAGGUUUGGAGCCAUGGACAGAGUUUUUUAGCAUUCCAUUCUUCAAAGGAGGAGAUGAGGGCUGCUUAUGCCUCUCUUUACUUGUGCAUUUUGUUAAAUGCUACAUUGAGGGAGGUUUUAUCAUGCACUACUUUAAUCAGAACAUAGAUCCAUCUGUAUGCACAUUACAAAAACUAUUUUUUGCAUGUUUGUGAUUUUUUUUAUAUUUUGUUUCACUGGGAACUCAUUAGCAGCUUCAGUAGAUUUUUAUAGACCUAGAGAUGGUUUUGCAUUAUUAGGUUAAUUCAUUGGCACAAUCUUAUGACCAUUCAGUGUAUCAUGUGUAUAGCCUAAUGAAACAUUAUUUUCUCCAAAUAUGUCUUGCUAUGACCAAAAGGAUGCAAAUAAAACUUUCACAUAAGCCAGUUUGUUCAUCAUCACAACACUAGUAAUGUCACUGAAUGCUGUUAAAAGAUCAAGAACUAGCAACCAAUCAUGUUUGCUAGGCAGGAUCUUUAGUAACAUUUAGAAAAAUACAGAGUUUUGGAAGUAACCUGUCAAAAUGAUAUAAUCAUAGUUAUUUUGCACUUGGACAUGCAUUCAACUCUGUUUAAAUUCGGAGUUUUAAAGUCAUUUUAAGAUUAUGCUACUAACCUUAGCAAGGAAAGAUAUUGAGGAUCUCUGGAAGUAUGUUUCAAAAUUUCAAGGAAAAUUUUCAUGAAGAAGUCAUUCUGUGAAAGAGCUUCUCUGACCUAUCAAACUUAAUCCUGGACCAAAGCAUUCAUUGUGGUAAUACAUAUCUAGAAUUCAGUUAAAGGUAUUUCGCAAAGAUUAUUGCUGUAAAGUCCAGAAAUGUGGAGUUGUCAUAUCAAUAGACAUUUUAUACAGUUCAGGGGUCGUAAUAAUGUCUGGAGUCAGGGCUUGUGCUUGUCUGUAAUGGCUUAUUAAUGGUUAUUUGAUCAUAAUGUGUUGUUGGGUGUCAUAAAUGUUAUGCUUGGCAGUUUUUAAACUGUUUCUUCUGUUUUGGGAAGAAAUCCAGUUCGAUCUUUGAUUUCAUUCUUUCACAUCCACCACUUUGUUCACAAAGGUCUUUUUCACAGGGUGUUGCUGUUCUAGUCAAUACUCUGGGAGUUAAUGUAUGUCUGAUGAUUUUGCUUUUUUAAUAGUGAAUGCAGCUUUUACAUUAGGUUUUUGACUGAGAAUUUUUAAAUGCCCAGAGCUGGCAUAUUAGUAGAAACAAAUUCUGAGAAUGGUUUGUGUAUUGUCACCAAACAAAAAGGCAGGAAUAAAUUUAACAGUGUUAUAUGAAAGUACUUCACGUUAUAGUUACAGAAAUGCAGAAUUUUUAGCCUGAACUUGUAGGCUCGUACUCUGAGCUCAUUCCAAACAACGAUGAAUCACUUUCAAGACUGCCUUUGAACAAAAUAUGAAAUGAACAAUUCAUGACCAUUAUUGUCAUGUUUGUGUUAAAGAUCACAGCGGGCUUUGAUUUGCAAACAUGCAUCAGUUCAAUUUUCUUAAGAACAGUGAUCAGAUGAUGUGCAUGUUUGUCCAGACUAAAAUAUGAAUGCUAAUAUGAACUUUUCAGAUUGUAUUGAUGCAGAUUGGGCUGGGACAAUUCCUUUUAUGGCUAGACAUUACAUAGACUUUCAGUUUGAUUUCUGUUAGAAUUUUUUACCUUUUUUCAGGGGGAGUGGGGGUAGUGAGACUGUAAGGAAUGGGUAUCUCCACUUUAAACCAUCAUGUAUAAAUUUUGUCACAAAUGGAUGAGUGGUUAAAAUCUUUUUGCUUUACCUACUUAACUUUUAUAGUUGAUAAUUGCAAAAUAGAAUUGUAGGUUAGCAUAUAAAUAAAACAAAAAAGACACUGAAUGGCAUGUCUGAUGUAUAUAUAUAUAUGAUUACAUUGCAGAAAUUGUAUUUAUACCUGCUCAAGUAGGCUAGAGAUUAGUAUGGAAUAUGUAUGCGUUUGCAUGUGCAUGUACAAAAGAAAUUGAGAUCACAAUACUUAUGAAGUUGUAUAUUUUUGUUUAAUCUGGGUCUCUGUAAAACUUUUCAGAGGCAUCAACACACAAUCCAAGCCUUGAUAUUUUGAGUAAAAUAUUUAUGGCUCAGUUUCAUGACAAAGACUAUAUGGUUAUGUCAAGAAAUGUUGCUGUCUAAUUUGUUUUAUGCUUCUGACUUUCUUUGAUUUAAAUGUUACUUUGGCAAACAUAAAAAUGUACAUUUUGCCUCCCAUCUAGAUACCCCAUAGUAGGAUCUGUAAUACCAGAAAUUAAAAUGCAUGUACAUUCAGUUUUAUCCUAAAAUACGCGAAUAAAGCUUUGUAAUUAGCUUGAUAGUAUUGGGGUGUCUUGUUGCAGCCCUAUGCUCCUUGUCAGACACAGAAAUCAUUUUGGAUCUCACAGUUAAUAUAAACAUAGUUACCACUGCCACUUAAAAAGAUUCUUUUUCUUCCUAUUCACCCCUAGUACAGCACAGGGCCGACUUAUAAGGAUUGGGCAAAUAUGUUGGUGGCAAUCAUUUUCAUGUAGAAUGGCAUUUCAUAUGUACAUAGCUCAAUGCUUUAAGAGCUGCAGGUUACUAUAACUUGCUUGUAACAAAAGUAUUAGCCUCUUUUUAGGCUUUAGAAAAGAAGUCCAUAAAUUGCAUGUUUUGUUUUGUUUUAAGCUUGACUGUCCACUUGUUUAAGAGAUGAUUGUGGGUUUUUUUUUUUAAACAGUGACUCAUUAACUAAUGACAAGAUUUUUCUUUUUUUUUUUUUAUUAUUCAUUUGAAUCUUCAUGGAGAUUUUUUUUUAAUCCAAGCCCUGUCUAAUGAGACUGAUUACCCCUACAUCUGUUAAUUUAAAAUUUUAGAUUUUAGUCUCAUAUGUUAACAUCAUGCACACUAAAAGCCUUCAGGACUGCAAACAGGUAACUCAUCUUGUAAGAAGCCUUCUUGCCAGAGUGGUUAGUCAUUCACUGACAAAGUAUUAUAGUCAGCAAUGAAUGUAUGUCUUGUGGUUAAAAGAAUUAUCUUUUUAUAUGCUUGAUCAACUUCAAACACCCAUGUUUUCUUUUACCAGAACACUAUAACUUAAAGAAUCCCAACAUCUAGGUACUUUUGUAAAGUGCAGGAUCAUGCCCUCUCAUUUUGUGUGCUUGUGUAUAUAGUUGUAAUAGUAAAGUUUUGUUUCCUGAUUUUGUUCUUAAGUAGUGUACAGUUUAGUUUUUAUAUCCAUGUAAUGAUGCGUUUCCAGUUACACUUUAUCUUGUACACUCUAUUUUGAACUUUAGAAUAAAUAAAAUUCUAAAUUUG